CCUGCUGCCGCCAACCCUCCUCCCAGAGCCUGACUUCUGCCUUCUUCACCUCCCUCCCCUUAGUGUUUCGCCCACCCACCGCCCUGUCCUCUCCCCAAGUUCCUUCCUACUUCGUGCGCCUUCCCCUCCUCCUCAAGCUAAGGGAAGCAGGCAGGGGUGACAGGGCGCCUUGUUAUGAGAGGGAAAGUUUGGAAGCCUCCAGUGUGGUGUGGGAGCGACGGCGAGCUUGCGGGGCUACUUGCACACUUAAGGGGCGUCCCCGCAUAGCAGAGGGAAGUCACUCGGAGCUAAUUUGGAGCCAGUGGGACAGGAGAAUCUGAGUCCCCUUACCAUCGGUGUUGGGGCAAAGCAGGAGCUUCUCAGGAUUCUGGGAGAGAAGACAGGGCUGUGACUCCGAUGUCUCCCAAGAAGACCCAAAUGAUCUAGAUCAGUGGUUGUCUAAUGUAGCAGGCACCGGGGGAGUGCUGCAGGUACCACCUGGGGGGGCAGCCCUGCAAGUGCUGGGUGACCUGCUAGGCAAUCUGGACUUUUUAUAUGCUCUUGGGGGAGGGAACAGAUGCAUGGGGGAACUUCUAGUGCCCUGGCAUCAUGGGAAUUUGUCCACACUCCUGGUGGUUCAGGUCUCCUGGCCCUGGUGGGACAAAGGAGCCUUGCUGUUCAUGGACCUAAGGGUAGGGCUCCGAUUGCUGCUUCCCGCGAGUGGGGGCUCUGGCCCACAGGGCCCUCGGGACUGGGCUUGGAAAGAAUGGCUGUGGGCUCAGCUCACUCGGCCAGCAGAUUCACUUUGCUCACAUCCAUAAGGAUUGAUGGUUCCCUUGAGAAAACUCUGGAUUGUGGUGCCCUCCUGAGGUGGUGGGCAACUUCCUGACAGCCUCCCUCUUCUCUCUUGUAUUGUAGGUGUGGGCUAAGCAGGCGGCCCUGGCUUUAGAUUGGCCUCCACAAUGUUUGCAGAGAUGUUCAGGCACGUGGGAGCUGAUUACACACAAUGAAUGGGGGCAAUGAGAGCAGUGGAGCAGACAGAGCUGGGGGCCCGGUGGCCACGUCUGUCCCUGUUGGCUGGCAGCGCUGUGUUCGAGAGGGUGCUGUGCUCUAUAUCAGCCCAAGUGGCACCGAGCUGUCUUCCUUGGAGCAAACCCGGAGCUACCUCCUCAGUGAUGGGACCUGCAAGUGCGGUCUGGAGUGUCCACUCAAUAUCCCUAAGGUUUUCAACUUUGACCCUUUGGCCCCGGUGACCCUGGGUGGGGCUGGGGUGGGGCCAGCAUCAGAAGAGGACAUGACCAAGCUGUGCAACCACCGGAGGAAAGCUGUUGCUAUGGCAACCCUGUACCGCAGCAUGGAGACCACCUGCUCACACUCUUCUCCUGGAGAAGGAGAAAGCCCCCAAAUGUUCCACACUGUGUCCCCAGGCCCCCCCCCUAUCCGCCCCCCUUGCAGAGUUCCUCCUGCAGCCCCACUUAAUGGGGGCCCCGGCUCCCUUCCCUCUGAACCUCCCUCUGUCCCCCAGGCCUUCCCUGCCCUGGCAGGUCCCCCAGGGCUCUUCCUACCACCGAGGCUUCCUGACCCUGUUCCCUCGGGGGGCAGCAGCCCCUGUUUCCUCCCCAGGGGCAAUGCCCCCUCUCCAGCCCCACCUCCUCCACCUGCUAUCAGCCUCAAUGCCCCCUCAUACAACUGGGGGGCUACCCUCCUAUCCAGCCUGGUGCCCCCAGACCUGGGCUCUCCUCCAGCCCCCCAUGCCUCCUCCUCACCCCCUUCUGACCCUCCUUUCCACUGUAGUGAUGCCUUAACUACUCCUCCUCUGCCCUCCAGCAAUAAUCUCCCUGCCCCCUCUGGUCCUGCCACUCAGCCACCAGUGUCUUCAGCCACUAUGCACCUGCCCUUGGUCCUGGGACCCCUGGGAGGGGCCUCCACGGUGGAAGGGCCCAGGGCAUCUCCCUUCCUCGCUAGCAACCUACUCUCUGCGGCAGCCAAGGCACAGCACCCCCCACUACCCCCUCCCAGCACUUUACAGGGCCGCCGGCCCCGUGCCCAGGCACCCUCAGCUGCCCACUCCUCAUCACCCCAUCCUCCGCAGCGUCGGCCCCGCCGACCACCAACUGUACUGCGAUUACUGGAGGGUGGAGGCCCUCAGACACCCAGAAGGAGCCGCCCUCGGGCCCCUGCUCUUGCCCCCCAACCUUUUCCUUACACAGAGCCAUCCCAACCAAUCCUCCCCUCUGUGUUGUCCCUGCUGGGACUAUCCACCCCUGGCCCUUCCCACUCUGAUGGAAGCUUUAACCUUUUGGGGUCAGAUGCACACCUUCCUCCUCCCCCAACCCUCUCCUCAGGGAGCCCUCCCCAGCCCAGGCACCCCAUCCAGCCCUCCCUGCCUGGGACCACCAGUGGCAGCCUCAGCAGUGUGCCAGGUGCCCCUGCCCCACCAGCUGCCUCCAAAGCCCCUGUGGUCCCCAGCCCUGUGCUUCAAAGCCCAUCAGAGGGAUUUGGGAUGGGGGUGGGCCCAGCCUGCCCUCUACCUUCCCUAGCCGGUGGGGAAGCCUUCCCUUUCCCCAGCCCUGAGCAGGGCCUGGCGCUGAGUGGAGCUGGCUUCCCAGGGAUGCUGGGGGCCCUGCCUCUCCCUCUGAGUCUAGGGCAGCCUCCACCUUCUCCCUUGCUCAGCCACAGUUUAUUUGGCAUGCUGGCUGGGGGAGGGGGGCAGCCUCCCCCGGAGCCCCUGCUACCCCCACCUGGAGGACCUGGCCCUCCCUUAGCCCCCGGCGAGCCUGAAGGACCUUCGCUUUUGGUGGCUUCCUUGCUUCCACCACCCUCCUCAGACCUCCUUCCGCCCCCUUCCGCCCCUCCUAGCAACCUCCUUGCCUCUUUCCUGCCUCUCUUGGCCCUGGGCCCCACAGCUGGGGAUGGGGAGGGGUCUGCAGAGGGAGCCGGGGGUCCAAGUGGGGAGCCAUUUUCAGGUUUGGGAGACCUGCCCCCCCUCCUCUUCCCCCCACUUUCAGCCCCCCCCACCCUCAUAGCUUUAAAUUCCGCGCUGCUGGCUGCCAGCCUGGAUCCCCCCUCGGGGACACCCCCCCAGCCCUGUGUACUGAGUGCCCCCCAACCUGGACCACCUACCUCCAGUGUCACCACGGCAACUACUGACCCGGGGGCCUCCUCUCUGGGCAAGGCCCCCUCCAACUCAGGGAGACCCUCCCAACUCCUUAGCCCUCUGCUGAGUGCCAGCCUGCUGGGUGACCUGUCUUCACUGACCAGCAGCCCUGGGACCCUCUCCAGCCUGUUGCAGCCUCCUGGCCCUCUUCUCUCCGGCCAGCUGGGAUUGCAGCUCCUCCCUGGGGGGGGAGCUCCCCCACCCCUCUCAGAAGCAUCUAGUCCCCUAGCCUGCCUACUACAGAGUCUCCAGCUCCCUCCUGAGCAGUCGGAAGCCCCCCGUUUGCCCGCUGAGAGCCCCACCUCAGCCCUUGAACCGGAGCCUGCCCGGCCUCCCCUCAGUGCCUUAGCCCCACCCCAUGGCUCUCCUGACCCCCCAGUCGCUGAGCUGCUCACUGGGAGGGGGUCAGGAAAGCGGGGCCGGCGGGGAGGAGGGGGACUUAGGGGCAUUAAUGGUGAAGCCAGGCCAGGCCGGGGCCGAAAGCCUGGCAGCCGGAGGGAACCUGGCCGACUGGCCCUUAAAUGGGGGGCACGUGGUAGCUUCAAUGGACAAAUGGAACGGUCCCCAAGAAGGACCCACCACUGGCAACAUAAUGGGGAGCUAGCUGAAGAGGGUGCUGAGCCCAAGGACCCAGCCCCUCCUGGGCCCUAUUCUGAGGAGCUUAAGUCCAUCUUUCCCCAGGUGCCUCCUGGGGCGGUCAGAAAGUCUCGUCGAGGCCGGAGGAGAAAAUACAACCCCACGCGAAACAGCAGUAGCUCUCGCCAGGAUGUUACCUUGGAACCCAGCCCCGUGACUCGCGCGGCUGUCCCUCUGCCUCCACGUGCCCGCCCUGGCCGUCCUGCCAAAAACAAGAGGAGGAAACUGGCCCCGUAGCAGCCAUACCUGGAGCUGGAUCUGACCCUGAUUGGGGAGAGCUGAGUGCUGAGCCUUGGGAGUCCCUGCCGGCCACCUGCACCUGUGGACAGUGGGUGGGGGCACUCCUCCUCACUCGGAGCACAAACGCGACCCCUUCCCCUACAAUCCCAUCCUGAGCCACUGCAAGGGGUAGGGAAUCUCCCCCCUUCCCCUCCAAAGCCAUGUCACUGAAAAGGCCUGGGGGCGGGGGGGGGGCUGGUAUAUGGCCGUCUCCCCACCAGGCGCUAAGGGGAACUCCCCCUUCCCCAGGUCUUUUAUUUGUUUAAGUUAUUUUUGCACAAAUGACUCUUAUAUUUAAUUGGACUUCAUUGCCUCCCUUCUUAAAGCCAACAGGCUCAGUUUACAAACCUGUGAGCUACUGUUGGCUGCUGCCCUCCUUCCCAGUGAAAGGUACAAAGCAAUAAGCAUCAUGCGUCCUCCCUCCCCCUCCAACACCCCUCUGUCUCUGGCUCAGGUUGCUCAAAGCACAGAUCCCCUCUGAACCUGUCCCCAGGUUUUGGAAACACAUAGCCUCAUUUCAAGGUGUAGCCAGGUCCCGUCCCGUCCCCUCCCCACCCCCAUGCCUGACUUUUCUUCUGGGAUUUUAAAAAGGGGGUCAGAGGGCAAAGAGCAGCCCCUGGGCCUCUCCUCCAUACACACUACACUGCCCCUUCUCCCCCAUCCUGAAUGCUCAGAGACAUUGUGAUGAUGCGACCGAGGAUUAUGCAACGUGGUCCAACCGGAGCAGCCAGCAUGACCAGCUGUCCAGGGGCUGCCUCCUGCCUUUUCUUUUGUAAAGACAAGACCCUUGGGAGUUUUAAUUCUGUUUUGUACUUGCCCUGUGGGGCCUCCACUGCUUUUCUAUGGGAGACACUCUUAAUUUAACAGAUGAGAAUAUUUUGAAAUUCUG